AUGAACAACAACCCACCAGAAACCAAGGGAACCUUUCCCCUACCGGCUGGGGACCAGCGUCCUUCGGUAUCGACAGAUUCGGACGUCAUCUCACCGGCCUCACUCACGCUACAUGAUAUGGAAAAGGCCACAACCGGCCCCAAAAAGUCCACCGAGCUGCAAAAAUCUAUAUCCAACGUCCUAUCACGGGCAGCGACGCACCUGACGACCCGCUCGCUCCCGGAACCCCCACCUCCGCCGGACGGCGGCCUCCGGGCCUGGUCGCAGGUCGCCUGCGCGUGGCUCGUCAUCUUUGUGACCUGGGGCCAGGUCAACGCCUUUGGCGCCUUUCAGACCUACUACACCGAGGCGCUGGCGCCGCUCUCCCCCUCGGUCGUGUCGUGGAUCGGCGCCGUGCAGGUCUGGCUGACCUUCUUCGUCGGCGCCUUCUCGGGCCGCCUGCUGGACGCGGGCUUCUUCCGACCGACGGUGAUCGUGGGCGCCGUAGUCCAGCUUCUGGGCCUGUUCCUGCUCAGCGCCUCGACGCGGUACUGGCAGUUGAUGCUCACGCAGGGCGUGCUGGUCGGGGUUGGCAGCGGCAUCGUCUUCACGCCCAGCAUGGGCCUCCUCUCGACGUAUUUCGUCAAGCGCCGCGCCGUCGCAAACGGCCUGGCCACGUCGGGGAAUGCGGUCGGCGGUCUGGCGUACCCCCUCAUCGUGCGCCAGCUGCUCCCGGCUGUGGGGUUCGCUUGGACGGUUAGGGUGGUGGCUUUUGUUAAUCUGUUGUGUCUCGGCAUCGCGGUGCUGUUUAUGCGGCCGAGGUUGCCGCCGCGGAAGAGUGGGCCGUUGAUAGACUUGGAUGCGUUCAAGGAACCGGUAUACGUUGGGAUCGUGACUGGAUUGUUUUUUGUCAUGUGGGGGACCUACUAUACUGUGUACUAUAUUGGAUCCUAUGGAACGCAAGCACUUGGCCUACCCUACUCGACCGCCGCAAUAACCAUCAUCGUCGUCAACGCAGCCGGCCUCCCACCCCGCAUCGUCACCCCCUUCAUCGCGGCCCGAUACGGCCCCAUCAACACGGUGGUGCCAAUAACGGCCCUAUUCGCCAUGGUGGCCUUUACGUGGUUGGCGGUGGGAUCAGAGCCGGGAUACUAUGGGUUUGCGACGGCGUACGGAAUCACAAACGGCGCCUUCCACUGCCUCAUGCCGACCGUCAUCGCGAGCAUCACCCCGCGGCUUGACAUGGUCGGCACCAGGUUGGGUAUGGCUUUUAGUACGAUUGGGUUCGCGGCGCUGACGGGCCCGCCGAUAGGAGGGGCUUUGCAGGGUGCCAUGGGUGGGAGGUUUAUGGGUGCGAGCAUCUGGGCUGCCGUGUCGAUGGUCAUGUGCUUGGGGUUUAUUUUAUUUGCGAGAUGGAGGUUGGCUGGGCUUGACUGGAGGGUUAAGAUAUAGGUUCUGGGUGGUAGAUGCAUUGUUGGAUAAUUGAUGUAUACCUAUAGAGGUAGAUUGCUUAUCUCAAAUGUGCUAGGUAUACCCUGUUUUUCGGGCAAUAAUACGUACAUUCAUUGGCCCUAUCAUGUUAUGUUAUUAAUCAGCUGUAGGUCAAUGCGUUCAAUUUCAAUUUGGGGUUGGUUUAGGCACUCUAUAAAAUCUGUAGCAUUUUGUCUCACCAGAAGAAACAGGAACCUACUGGUGUUUUCCAAUCACCAAUCGAUGCGAUAGCUCACAGUCCACGGCACCGUCGGCACGGAAUUGUCACUAAGAAGGCCGU